AACAACGAUAAUAUAUGCAUAGGCUAACAUUUUAAAAUGUUGUCAAUUGAAAUUUGAUUUGUCAUUACGCAACUAAACAACAACACAGACACGCUUGCCCUAAACCAUUAGCUAGCAAUGGCUGAGCCAGAAACCACAGAGGCCAACCAGCCACGCAUCGACAAACUGGAGGAGCAGGCACACCAAAUGCAUAAGGACCAGAAAGAGGUGGACAUCUAUCGGCACACCUUCAUACGAUACAUGGGCUACAGCAACGAGGUGGGCGAGGCAUUCCGUCCGCUUGUGCCCAAAUCAUUUGUAGCCGCAUCCUAUGGCAUGGCCAUUGGCUAUGUGUGCACCGAUACAUUCGAUAAGGCGCUGCGCCAUCAAAUGGCCGGCGGCUCCGAUCGCGAGGUGCUGCUGAUGGGCGCCGAUGUGUUCACCUGGCAAAUGCUGGCCUCUGUCCUAAUACCCGGCCUGACCAUAAAUCGGAUCACCGCGUUCAGCCGCUCCCUGCUGAAAAAGUCGCCCAGCAUUGUGCUAAAGACGCUGCCGACGAUCAUUGGACUGGCGAGCAUACCUCUGAUAGUGCAUCCCAUUGACCACAUGGUGGAUCGCCUGAUGGACGCCACCUUUCGCAAAAUGGUGCGGUGAUAAGCCGCCGCCGCCGCCGCCGAUGAUCCUGGUCCUCAGCAUGCGGAACAUUCCAAAACGGUUCACUUGCUUCUUUUUUUUUUUUUUUUAAAAAAUUCCUAACCCGUGAAGAUUUGUAUUUGAUUAAUUUUUUGUGUUUUUGGACAACUUGCGAGUGACAACUGGAUACAUAAAAAGCUUUCCAAGCAUUCCCCAUAUGA